AUGGCAUAUGGAAGUGAGAAAUUGAGAGAUUCAGUGGUCUUUGAGGAUGUAGCUGUGGAGUUCAGCCUGGAGGAGUGGGCUUUGCUGGACUCAGCUCAGAGGGACCUCUACAGAGAUGUGAUGCUAGAAACCUUUCAGAACCUGGCCUCAGUAGAUGAUGAAACUCAAUUUAAGGCCAAUGGGUCAGUUUCUAAGCAGGAUAUUUAUGGAGAAAAAAUACUCAAGGAACCUAAAAUAGCAAAAUUCAUCCGAAAUGUUUCCUGGGCCUCUGUUUUAGGAAAAAUUUGGGAAGACCUUAGCCCCGAAGAUCAGCACACAAACCAGGGAAGAAAUCUGAGAAAUGAUAUGGUGGAGAGACUUCACAAAAGUAAAGAUCAAUGUGGAGAAGCCUUCAGUCAGAUUCCAAAUCUUAAUCUCUACAAGAAAAUUGCUACUGGAAUAAAACAGUAUGAUUACAAUGCAUAUGGAAAAGUCUUCAUGCACCAUUCGUCCCUCAAGAGUCACAUCACAGUUCACACUGGACACAGACCAUAUCAGUGCCAGGAAUGUGGGCAAGCCUACAGUUGUCGUUCACACCUAAGAAUGCAUGUGAGAACCCAUAAUGGAGAGAGACCCUAUGUGUGUAAAUUAUGUGAGAAAACCUUUCCUCGUACUUCUUCCCUCAAUCGACAUAUGAGGAUUCACACUGCUGAGAAAACCUAUGAGUGUGAACAAUGUGGGAAGGCCUUCAUUGAUUUUUCAAGUCUUACUAGUCAUGUGAGAAGUCACACUGGAGAGAAGCCAUAUAAAUGCAAGGAAUGCGGGAAAGCUUUUAGUUAUUCCUCAACUUUUCGAAGACACAUGAUAACACACACUGGAGAGAAGCCAUAUAAAUGUAAGGAAUGUGGGGAAGCCUUUAGUUAUUCCUCAACAUUUCGAAGACAUAUGAUAUCACACACUGGAGAGAAGCCACAUAAAUGUGCGGAAUGUGGAGAAGCUUUCAGUUAUUCCUCGGCUUUUCGAAGACACAUGAUAACGCACACCGGAGAGAAACCCUAUGAAUGUAAACAGUGUGGGAAAACCUUCAUUUAUCUCCAGUCCUUUCGAAGACAUGAAAGGAUUCACACUGGAGAGAAACCCUAUGAAUGCAAACAGUGUGGAAAAACUUUCAUUUAUCCCCAGUCCUUUCGAAGACAUGAAAGGACUCAUGGUGGAGAGAAACCCUAUGAAUGUAACCAGUGUGGGAAAACAUUCAGUCAUCCCUCAUCCUUUCGAGGACAUAUGAGAGUGCACACUGGAGAGAAACCCUAUGAGUGCAAGCAAUGUGGGAAAACUUUUAAUUGGCCCAUAUCCUUACGAAAACAUAUGAGAACCCACACUAGAGAGAAACCCUAUGAAUGUAAGCAAUGUGGGAAAGCCUUCAGUUUAUCUGCUUGCUUUCGAGAACAUGUGAGAAUGCAUCCUGAAGACAAAUCAUAUGAAUGCAAGCUAUGUGGGAAAGCUUUCUAUUGCCACAUAUCCUUACAAAAACAUAUGAGAAGGCAUACUGCAGAGAAACUCUAUGAAUGCAAGGAAUGUGGGAAGGCCUUCAGUUGGCCUGAACUUUUGCAACAACACGUGCGAACACACACUGUAGAGAAACCUUACGAAUGUAAGGAAUGUGGGAAAGUCUUCAAAUGGCCAUCAUCUUUACCAAUACAUAUGAGACUGCACACUGGAGAGAAACCUUACAUAUGUAAGCAUUGUGGGAAAGCAUUUAAUUGUUCCUCAUCCUUAAGAAGACACAUGAGAAUACACACUACAGAAAAACACUAUAAGUGUAAUAUGGGACCUCCUCCUGCAAAUGAAUUCGUGUACAAUGCUCCAGAAAAUUCACACCAGGAGAAAGAGCUUAUAAAAGUUGUAAAUAUGGUAUUGCCUUUAUGAGUACCUCAUCUAUAAAGUGAACAUAUAAGGAGUGUAUUUAUAGUCUAUUUACAAAUAAACAGGUGAAAAAUAUUUCUCUAAAUACUGUUAGCUGUACUACAUAUAUGUGAGCAGGUAGUUUUUUUCUCUUACAAUUUGGUAAAUAAAACUUUUAUGUUUACAGUUUGUUGGACUCAUGGAUGAUUUGAAGUGUAUUUUAAAUACACAAGUAGGUUUAAUUUUUACUUAGUUUCUUAAAUUGU